GCUCCGAGCCGGGAUCGCUGCCGCCGGCCCGGAACGGCCGCGCCCGGCCGCGCCUUCCGCGGAGCGGCGGCGCUGCGGGACGGGCGGGCCCCGAGCCGCCAUGGCCGCGUCCCCCGCCCGGCGGCGCCGCUGGGAGCGGGAGCAGGCCCGGCUGAGGGCCGGCGUGGUGGAGGAGGACACCGAGGAGUGGCAGAAGGACCCGCAGUUCUCCGGGCUGCAGAGAGUGGGAGGUGUGGAUUUAUCCUACAUCAAGGGGGACGAGAGCCGUGCCUGCGCCUCCCUGGUCGUGCUCAGCUACCCGGCUCUCGAGGUGCUGUACCAGGACUGCCGCAUGGUGCCCGUCACCGCCCCGUACGUGGCCGGCUUCUUGGCCUUCAGGGAGGUCCCUGUCCUGGUGGAAGCUGUGCAGAGACUUCAGCAGGAGGAGCCCCAGCUCCAGCCUCAGGUGCUUCUGGUAGAUGGGAAUGGCCUGCUCCAUCCCAGAGGGUUUGGCACAGCCUGUCACCUCGGGGUCCUGACAGACCUGCCGUGCAUUGGCGUGGCCAAGAACCUCCUGCACGUGGAUGGCUUGGUUAGGGACGAGCUGCACAAGGAGCAGGUUCGUUCCCUGCAGAGGUCAGGAGAGACAUUCCCACUGACAGGCACCUCGGGGAAGGUCCUGGGCAUGGUGCUGCGGAGCCACAGCAACAGCUGCAAGCCCCUGUACGUGUCCGUGGGCCACCGGGUGAGCCUGGGCACGGCCGUGCGCCUGGUCAGGGCCUGCUGCCGCUUCCGCGUCCCGGAGCCCAUCCGCCAGGCUGACAUCAGGUCCAGGGAGUACCUUCGGAAGCAGCCCUGUGCUCCAGUGGAGGUGCUGGAGGCUGUGCCUGCCAGCCCAGAGAGCAAAAAGGAGGAUGAAUUGGAGGAUUAGUCUGUGCCAGAAGAAAGUGCAGAGCUUCUCUUCGCUGGGUCCUCUCCUGCACCAAGGCUGAGUCCUGCUGGAUGCAGGAGCCCAGUGCCACCCUGGGGGUCAGCUGUGCCAGGCUGUGUCCCCCAGGACAGCACCAGCCACUGCUCAGGGAGAAUCCAUGCAGUGAAUUUCUCAGGGUUCAUUUUCAAGUACUGUUAAAACCUUUGUGUAAGCAAAGGCUCACGUGUGAGUGUGCAACACCUCACUGGAGCCCUUGUGCAGCUGCAGGGGCUGAUUUACAGAGGUGCUGAGGCAUUGCCACUGCAGAGCCAGCCUGUGUCUCCCACCACACCUCUGUGGCACAGAGCCCUCCCUUCCCACUGGUUUUGGAGCAGCUUCCCCCUGUCCCUGCAGCUGUGCCAUUCCCCCUGCACGUCCCUGGGGAGCAGCAGCCCCACUGCCCAGCUCUUCUGGAGGAAGGAACAUCUCAGGGGAAAGGAUGGCAGGCAUCAUCUCCCUCCCAGGAGCAUGGGGAGGUCAUUCCUGACACACAGAGUGCUCCAGGAUCCCAGGCUGGAGAUCUGGCCCAGCCCCAGCUUGGCCUGAGGAGCAAGAGCCCAGAGCCUCUGUGCCCAAAUCAUGCUCAGCCCUCAUCCAGCCUGCAAGACCAAAGCUUCUCCAAGGUGUGGGAUCCUGGCUGAGGUUGGGAGGUGGUUCCUGACUGUUCUGAAGAGCAGCAGGAGCAGAAGGUGCUCUAGAAGAUCCUGGUGUGGCUGUGUAAGAUUCCAGCCUGAAGAGGAAGAAGGAUGUUUUCCUGGGGGUGGGGAGGGGUGCUCAGGUCAGGCUCCUGUGGGCUGUUUGACCUCAAUUUUGCAUACAUUGCUUGUACAACUUUUGUUCUUUUCUGUCUUGGAGCUGCUCUGGGUGGGGAGGACAAAGCCCAGCCUGUUGUGCCUCUGCUGUGUUGGGGUCUGAACCAGGUGGGGAAAGGGAGGCAGUGACAAACCCUGCUCCCCUGGGGCCAUCUGGGCAGGUCUGGGGCUGGUCCUGGCAGCGCUGGGGACGGGCACUGGCAGAGCACUUCCCUAAAAAGCCUUUGCUGACAGGUUUUAGAAGCCAGAGCUGCUUCACAUGAAGGUUUGUCUGUGGGUGGAAAACCACAAGGAAGCUGCUCCUUUGAUCCUGAGGGCUGCUGCCAGCCUGGGGCAGGGGCAGCACUGUGGCUGGCUGUGGCAGGGGACAGGGGCCACAGGGACAGCUGUGUCCUCCUCUCCCUGCACAGACACAGAACCUCCUCUGCCACGGCCUGUCCCGUCCUGAGGGAGCAGGGUGGGCACAGAACCACGGCCAGAGGGACCAGUUCAUUCCUCAUUCCAGCCCCACACAAACCGGUGACUUCUCUGGCCAAGGGGACAGUCUCCUAAAGCCUGUCACAAAUUCAAGCACGGGUGACAGAGUGGGCAGGGGACAGCUCCUUCCUAGAGCUCAUGGGCAGAACACCAGGGAAAUCCAUCUGGGCUUCUGAUUUGGCCUGUGUGGGAUCUCACAGGGUCAUCCCUGGCUCCUUCCGAGUUCUGGGUGACACCACUCCCACUGCAGAUCCACCCUGGGUGUGCUCAGCUGUGGGAGCAGCUCCUCCAGGAUGGCCCUGCAGAACAGGGGAACCUUCAGUGUGGGGACUGGCUUCUCCUGCCCUGCUGAGUGCCUGGCUUUCAUCUCAUGUUUAACGUCUCUGGUUUUAAUCCCUCAUCUAUUGGUGACUUUUUUGUGCUUCUGAUUGGUACCUGACAAUGGGAGAUUUGGGGUGGGCUGGUCAGGGGAGGCUCUGCAGCCACAGCUGUGAUUUGGGUGGGAGCUCAAGGAACUGAGCCCAGCUUGGACAGGAACGUGAGGCUGUGGCUGCUCAGGGUCUGUCCCUGGGUGCUCCUGCUGGGAUCUGGGUGUUUUGAUCCAUGGAGGGUCCGUGUGCUCAGCCUGUGAGGGAUCCAGGGCUGGGGACACUGCUGUCCUCAGCUGCCCUGAGCCCUCGCAGCUGCCUCUGCCCUGAGGGUGAGGGGAAAUCAGGUGAAAAAAAAAAAAAAAAAACAGCUCUGCAUCACUGUCCUGGCUUCCCUCUGCGUGAGGCUCUGAACUCCUCUCCUUCCCAGCCCAGGUGAACUCAGCUGACUCUGGAUGGAGUCGCCUGGGAGGCUUUGGGAGGGGGAUGGUGCUGCAGGGUCCUGGCAGCCCUGCAGAGCCAGGGGCUCUAGCUGUGCCUUUGGGCUUUGCCUGGGCCCUGGGAUGCUCUCCCAGCUGCCCAAACGUGGCAGUUUAGUCCUUCCUAAAGGAAGGGACUAAUCUCUGUGUUUGGUGCCUGCUUGUGGCUCUUUGGACACAAUAAGGGAUUAACUUGGUCUUUAUCUAAUUGGUUUAUAACCCUGGGAAGGGAAAAUAGCUUUGUAAUGCUUGAAACCUCUUAACAGAAACUCAGAGAGUGGAGCUUGAGUGUCCUUCGAAAUAAACUCAUACAUGGCUUGUCUUUUUUAACUCCCUGUUUGCUGGAAAUUGGCUUUUCUGGGUGUUGGGAAUCAGAGAAUGUCUAUUGCUGACUGGUUGUAAAUCCUCCUGUUAUCACCAGGGGGGUUUUCUCUCCACCAUUUCCACCUGGGACUGGCUGGGAGUCUGGAGGUGUCUCAGGGCUUGGUCACCCCCCUGUGCUGCUGGGGAAUGAGCUGUGGGGCUGGGGCAGGGAUGUGGCUGCCCAGUGAUGCCUCCUGGGUGACAAACCGGGGCAGAAUUGCUUUGGGGUUGGUUUCCUGACUCCCAGGUGCUGAAUGGCUCUGCUGCAGCUUCUCUGGGUCUGCUCUCCCUGUUGUGUUUGGAUGCCUGGAGAGCAGGAAGGAGGAUCCCUGCCCUGCCUUGUUUGUCUGGGAGAGGGGAGAGGAGCUGCUCUGGGAUGCAGGGCUGUUUGUCCGUGGGCUCUCAGGAGGUCUGGGUGAGCAGCUCCGUGCCAGGUGCUGAGGCUGGGUGGGAUGGGCUCCCACCUCCGUGUCUGCAGCUUGUGGCAGUGUAGGUGCUGCCUGUGCAGUCUGAGCUCCUGUGACUCAGGGUUUGUAUUUUGGGCCACUCCUGCCGAGGGUGGGGGAAGUGUUUCGCUGGGAUUUCCCCCCUCCCUGCCCCCCGUUCUCAUUCCUCUUCCCCUUGCCUUGGUUGGGCGGGUUUAGGAGGGGCUGUUUCCCUCCUGGCUGCCCAAAGCAGGCCCAGCUGCAGGUCUGGGUGCUCAGCUGGGUGUGGGGCUGGGCCCAGCAGCUGAGCCCCUUCCUCGCCCAUUCCCAGAGCCUUUGGUGUUCGUGGGGCAGCUGUGUCCCCUGGAUCUCAGAGCAUUCCCAGCUUUGGGCUGGAAAUGGAUGAUUUUGGUGCUGCUCCCCCCUCCUGUGGCAGCUGAGGCCUCUUGGAUGUGGUGGCUCCUGGACAGAGCCCGGGUGUGCAGAGGGAGCUGGGGAACGUCAUGGCUCCCUUGCAGGGCUUUAUUCCUUUUUUUGUCCUUUUGUACUUUUUAUUUUUCCCCUUCCUUUUGUCCUAUAAAUAGUUCUCCCCCCUAACUGCUCUUCCCGUUGUUGGUGUUGGUUGAUCCUCCCUGAUCCUCUCAUCAGAGCCCCGCCAGCCCCCCCGGCUUUAUUUUAAGGCCCCAUUAAUUAAAAGCAAAUGAGUGGAAUUUCUCUUGACAAGCAAAUUAAUAGCAAAUGAGAUGAUUAUGAGCUGUGUCAUUAGGGUGAUGGAGCAGCUUGUGCAGGGCUCAGCCCAAAGCAAGGCAGCAAAGCCCUGGGGCAACAGAUCUCUCCUGUUGGGGGGCUGGAAGGUGCUCCCUUCCCCUCUGGGGCUGCUGGGUGGAAUUUUGGUAGCCAAGGAGUCCUUGAUGCUGAGCAGAGCCGGGCUGAAGGAGGAGGAGGGGGCAGAGCAGAGGUGCAGGGGGUGGCUGCUCGUGGAUGCUCUGGGUGUCCCCAUGGGCUGGGUCUGUCCAUGGGGACACGCUGGGAGUGCCUUGUCCCCACCCCGGCAGCCCCAUCAGCUUUAAAAACACGACCCAAGGCUAUGGAAGCAGCCCAUGAUUAAUUCCUGGGCUGGUUCCCACCUCGGGGGCUCGGUGCAGGAUGUUUCCUUAGGAAUACGCUUUUUCCUGCUUUUCUUGGAGCGCCUGCUUGGCACGCCGUGCCUGUGCCUGCAGAGCCCAGCUGGUCAGCGCUCGCCCGGAGCCCAGCCAGGCGGGGCUCGGUUCUGGGGCUGGGCUGGGGAACCAGGGCUCGGUUUUAGGGCUGGGCUGGGGAACCAGGGCUCGGUUCUGGGGCUGGGCUGGGGAACC